AUGUUGAUGGAGGUAAAGGUUGUUCAUUCUCUGACUAACAUGUAUGGAAAAUGUGGGAAACUGGCUGCCGCUUGUCAUUUGUUUUUAAUAAUGCCUAUAAGGAGCUUAGUUUCAUGGAAUUCGAUAAUUGCUGUGCAUGCUGAAAACGAGUCACCAAUGGGAGGGGUCAGUUGUUUUAAAUUAAUGAGAAGGAAUGGAAUUCAACCUGAUGAUGCCACUCUGGUGGCAUUACUUCAAGCAUGUGAAAGUGUAAGUUCUAUUAGACUAGUAGAGUCUGUUCACUGCAUAAUAUGUCGCCAUGGGUUCUAUGGACGGAUAUCGACUGUGACUUCUCUUUUGGAUUUGUAUGCUAAGUCUGGGAGGUUGGAUGCCUUACACCGAGUUUUCCUUGAGGUAAGAAAUCCAGAUAGUAUAGCCUGGACUGCAAUGCUUGCCAGCUUUGCAGCUCAUGGAUAUGGGUCGGAAGCAGUCACUCUCUUUGAGCUCAUGGUUAAGAAAGGUAUGAAGCCUGAUCAUGUCACAUUUACUCACCUAUUACAUGCUUGUAGCCAUUCAGGCUUGGUAGAAGAAGGAAAACGGUACUUCCAAACUAUGUUUGAACUUCAUGGCGUGGAGCCUACAUUAGACCAUUAUUCAUGCAUGGUUGACCUGCUCGGUCGUUCUGGCUUCUUGAAGGAUGCGUAUGAGCUGAUCAAAAGCAUGCCGGUGGAGCCUAAUUCUGGGGUCUGGGGUGCUCUUCUCGGUACAUGCAGAAUUUACGGAGACGCUGAAUUUGGAAAGGAAGCUGCAGAGCACUUGAUUAAUCUGAACCCUUCGGAUGCAAGAAAUUAUAUUGUGCUCUCAAAUAUAUACUCAGCGGUCGGUCUUUGGAAAGAUGCUUCAGAAAUGAGAGCAUUAAUGAAGGAAAAUUGUCCAGCUAGAUUGCCUGGAUGUAGUUAUGUUGAACAUGGAAAUAAGAUCCAUCAAUUUGUUGUGGGCGACCGGUCUCAUCCAUUGUCACAUAGGAUAUACACCAAAUUGAUAGAACUGAUCAGGAAGAUUCGCUAG